AUGUCCAAGCAUCAUUUGGGUAAAGAGUGCAAAAUCUGUGGGCGCCCCUACACUGUUUUUCGAUGGAACCCUGGGAAUGGCAUGCGCUUCAAACACACAGAAAUUUGUACAACAUGCGCCAAAUUACGGCAUGUUUGUCAGUCGUGCAUUCUCGAUCUCGACUACCAUCUGCCUGCACAAGUCCGCGAUGCUGCGCUGGGCUCCUCCGUCAAGAUACCCAUGUCAGAUAUCAAUCGGCAAUACUUUGUGAAUCGCAUGGAUAGCCUCCUGGAUGGCGCAUCACCAGAAGCAACAAGAGAACUGGUCGGUCCUUCUCGUGCUGGACACGAGGUUCUUAAGAAGCUCGUUCACGCCCGCUCGGACUCCCCGUGGCAACAGCAGCAGUACCUUCGGCACCAUGACCGCCCCCCCGUGUGCUCCUUUUAUGCGCGCGGCGCUUGCACCCGUGGCCAGGCGUGUCCAUACCGACACGAAGGUGCACAACACGCUGCAUCCACACAUACUAUAACAAACUCUUCUACCAGGAGCGAGAGCCAGCGGCCAUCACGCUCUGCAUCGUCUAUGCCCCUAAUAGAAAAGGUGCCAGGCGCCAAGGCGUUAGACACACCGUCCGAUGCACACAUUCGCACAUUGUUUUUUGCUAAUCUUCCUGUCGAUAUGGACCACAAGACCAGCUUCGCACCGUCCUGCUCACAAGCAUACCGAAACUUGACCAGUGCAAAUGCCAUUGCACACAUCCAAAUGAUAAUGUCAUCACACUGUGCAUUCGUCCACUUCGAAACGCGCGACAACGCCGAGUGUGCACGCAGACGCUUUAGCUACCAAAGUCUACAUGCAAGGGCAACACCAAGUGCGCGUUGCAUGGGGCCGGCGACCACCCUCAUCUGCUUCAUAGUGUAG